AUAUAAAGGGCAUGCAUGGACUCAUCACUCUCAUCAUCCCAACAUUCCAACAUUCCAACAACACCACUCCUCAACAUUUCCACUUCUCUUCUUCAUACUCUCUUACACCAAAAUCUUCUACUUAAUUUCCACAACAACACAAUCAAACCAAACAAAAUGCAAUACCAUAUGCAAGAACCAUCAUCGUCAUCAUCAUCGUCUUCAUCAUCAUCAUGGGGUUACUCAUACUACUUAGGAGUCCCAUCCAUGAACCUCAACCUCAACAUCCGAGAAGUGGACCCACUCGAAAGAGUGGCGGCGCUAGCGGCGGAGAGUGCGGUGGUGAUAUUCAGUGUGAGCAGCUGUUGUAUGUGCCACGCCGUGAAGCGGUUAUUCUGUGGAAUGGGUGUUAAUCCAACGGUCCAUGAGCUUGAUGAAGAUCCUAGAGGAAUGGAGAUGGAGAAAGCUUUGAUCAGAUUGCUAGGGUGCAGUAAUUAUUCGCCACCUGUCCCAGUUGUUUUUAUUGGUGGUAAACUUGUUGGUGCUAUGGAUAGAGUUAUGGCUUCCCAUAUUAAUGGCUCCCUUGUUCCUCUUCUUAAGGAAGCUGGUGCUCUUUGGCUCUAAUUUUCACUCUAUUAAUAAACUAAUUAAGCCCAACUCGAAUUGCUUAUUAGCAAUUAAGUUCUUUA